GUGCACGCUGAAACUUCCAACGUGUAAGAUUUACGAUUUCAUUGUGCGUGUUUGCUAAUGCGAAAGUAUUUUGGAGGCUGAUUUGUGCAAUAUGGGCGAAAAACAAAAGCUAGAUUUUAUUCGAGGAGAACUAACCGAAACAAUCCUGAAAUUGAAUCGAAGUGAUGAUGAACUGUUGGAAGUUAAACUUUCAACACCGGAACAUUUGGAUGGAUUCAUGUCUGUUAUACACAACCUGGUUCUAGUCACAAGAGAUAAGAAGACAAGCGAGACGAAAACAAUAAAUUUAAUGGUAAAGGUAAUGAAAGGAGACGAUGCGUUUCGUGAAAGUAGUUUAGCCAAAACUCAAUUUACCAACGAAAUCUAUAUAUAUACAAAAGUAGUUCCAGCCUUUAUUGAUCUACUGGCAACUAAUGGAUGCUCAGUUCGCGGAGAAAACUGGUGCCCAAAGAUACUGUAUGGAACGGCUGGGAAAAUUCCCCGAUUCAGUGAUAUCUACGAAACGAUAUUGGUCAUGGAAAAUAUGACAUUAGAUGGAUUCCGAGCUGGGCCCAGAAAUGAUUUGGAUGAAUACCAUCUGGUAUUGAUGGCAAGAAGGAUUGCCCAGUUUCAUGCGUGCACCUAUGCUAUGAAGAUUCUGGACAAAGAGCGACUAGAAAAGUUGGUAGAUGGAAUAAAUCCUAUGUAUUAUGCCAAAGAUGGGAAAAUUUUCAACAGUUAUGCCGUUCUGUUCAGGCUUGGUUUGGAGCGCAUUUUUGAAUACAUUGAUAAGCAUCCUACGGAAUUGGAUAGUGAACAGUUCAAAUCUGAUAUGACUAAGCUUCGCAGCAAGUAUGGAAAAGAACCCAUACAUUUGAUGCAAAAAUUCUUGGAAUUAAAUGAGUUUUCGGUGAUUCUUCAUGGUGAUUUCAAUCGAAACAAUGUACUGUUCAAGUACGAGGAUGAGAAACCGGUUGAUCUCCGCAUGUUCGAUUUCCAGGAGAACCGCUACGGUUCCCCAUCGAUGGAUUUGACAUUUUUUAUGUGCAUGAGUAUGCCGACGGGCUUUCGCGAAAAGUUUUGGACACCACUGCUAAAGCAUUAUCACGAUAGUCUACUGGAUACGCUGACGGAUAUUUUAAAAUGCGAAAAAGACGAUCCGCGACUGGCUGUAUACAACUACGGCAAUUUCAUGAAGCACUUGACCAAGUUCGGCCUAUAUGGAGGCAUGGUGGCAGCCCAUUUCUUACCGUGGAUGAUAUGCUCGGAGGAAGAAUGUGCCCAAUUGUCGUAUCACUUUACCAAGGAUAUUAAUUCAGCCGAGAUGAAACACUGGACCAGGAUUUGCGGUGGGGAGGCUGUGGAUAAACGACUAAUUGAAAUCUUUAGACACAUGAGUGAAUUAGGACACUUUUCCAUUGUAGAUGGUAACUGAUAAGGGUGAUAAGUAUCGAAAAUGUGUUUAAAAUGCAAGAUAAAAUUAUUUCAUUUGGGUAAAACUCACGCAAAGAAAAACAUUUCUUAUAAUGUAGAAUA